AUGUCGGAAUAUAAUGAAAAUUUAUCAAGACAAACAAGGUCCCGGAACUUAGAACCAGUGGCUAAGAUUGGUUACAUGGAUGGUGCAUCAGAUGGUCAAACUGCUGAGUUUCAAAAUAGUUUCAAUAUCGGUUAUGAACAAGGAUUUACAUUUGGUUUACAAUUAGGGUCAAAGGAAGCUUCUUCUAGUUUCAACCCAGACAAGAAACCACUAGAUUUAGCAGAUCAGCGCAGAAUUAAUUGCCAGAUUUGUAUGAACACAGCAAGUGCUCAAGACAAUGUAGUAAAUUUAUUUAAUAUUCAACAAGAGAAAAAUACCCAAUAUUUAUUACGAAAUAAUGAAUAA